UCUUCACCACCCACGGAAGCAGAGCUAGGUAAAACUACCGUUCAAUAACGAACAGUAUUUAUAUCAGUUCAAUCUUAUCUCAAGGAAAGCAGGGCGGGAAAAAAAAAAAGGUGAAGCAGAGCUACGAAAUCUUGGAGCGGUAAGCUUCGUGGCAGUACUUACACUCGACCAUCCAUUCCUCGCAAUUCUCAGUAAUCCAUGGCGUCUCUCUUGUCCUCUGCCACCGUUCUCUCCUCGGACUCCUUACCAAGACUUUUAUCCGCUCCUCGGAAAACCCUAACAAGGAAUGCUUCAUCAUGUAUCAGGCCCACGGCUUCCUCCGAACCCGAUAAGGAGAAAGUUUCCAACGCCCAGGACUCAACUUAACUGAAGACUUCCUCCAAGCCUGCUGUCCGUCCUAAAAAACCCCAGUACUCGAUGCAGAAAGGCCAAAUUGUUAGGGUUGACAAGGAAAAGUAUCUCAGCACAAUCAAUAUUGCUUGGAUUGGAAUUCCAACUGCACCAGCUAAUUAAGGUAUUA